UUUGACAAAAAAAAAACUUUGCAAAUAUUACGUCAUCUAAACACAAGCAGCUGUCCAAGAACUUAGCCUUAAUACAACAUGAAAACAUGUCAUUUAAAUUGGGAACAAAGAAUAAGAUCAAAUAACUAACUAAAGAAUAAAAUUGAUCAGACCGUAUGGAUGGAAAUAUCAGUCGGUCCACCACUGUGGUCCAGAAUGAAAUGUCUCAAAUCUCAACAAUGAUUGGGUGAAUAAUUCAUUCAUGGUUCCCGGAGGAUAAAUCCUCAAGAAAUUCAGGCAUUUUACACUAAUUUUAUUUAGUAAUUAGACAAGGAUUCAAUUUCUUCUUGACAGGUUCUUUUGGUAUAUUAUCACACUUGUUCUGUACUCUUCUCUGUUGAUGGGUAAAUCAUGUUUUGUUCCAUUGUCACUGUUAGAAAAAAUAAUAAACCUCCUCCUUUCUCAAGAUGAAAUGGCCUGGUAACUGGAACUGUUUAAGUCCAGCCUGACAGGCAGCCAGUCUUUGUUUCUAAUCUCCUCUGAGCCUAAAAGUAAUACCCCUCCUCACAAUCUAAGGCCUUUGAAAAGUUGCCGCCAUUUUGUCAGGGCCGUGUCCAAACAACAAAGCCCUACUCUUGCUUUUUUUCCCUCUUUUUCUGUCUUUUCCCACUCUUUUCCUUUUCUGCCUCUUGUUAGUUUGAAGGCUUUUUCCCUUCACAGCUUCCUUCCCCACCUGCUAACUUUCUGUCAGACACACACACACACACACACACACACACACACACACCACACACGCACUUGCACUCCUAACACCCAUUUUGGGAGCACACACUACUUUUAACAUAAUUCGUCUCAUUGUCUGAGUCAAACCAAUCCCCCACCCAUGAAACAAAGAGGUCGAAGGCGGCAGCCGUCCCCAGUGGGCCAGGUGUUCCGCAGGGCUGAAUUCUGGGUCCUGUGUUUUUUUUCACUUGCUCUUUCUCCUCAUGUAUCUGUAUUUGUGUGUGUGUGUGUGUGUGGUGUGUGUGUGUGUGUGUGUGUGUGUGUGUGUAAUGGCCCUGAGCAUGGUGUGUCUGUGUGCAGCUGCCCGCCGAGGACCCUCCUUUGUGUCCUUCUCCCCACCAUUGUCAGCUCACGCCUUCUCGUCCAUUCAUGGCUCAUGCUGGCGGAUGGGCUGGUGGUGGUGGUGGUGUGUAUGUGUUUGUGUGUGUGUGUGUGUGUGUGUGUGUGUGUGUGUGUGUCUGUGAGGUUUUUGGGGUGGGGGGGUUGUGGUGGAGGGGGUGGAGUUAUCCUAGCUUAUCUUGGUGUCCCUUUUUAUUGGCUGAGAGAUGGGUGAUUGGUUUGUGUACAGAAUGAGCUUUGGUGAAGACAGGAAAGUGAGACGUGUGUGUUUGUGGUAGGAUCUCUGCGUUCGUAUUGGUCCGUGGAGCAGACUCUGUGCGAGGAGGGGAUGGUAGAUGCCUUACACUCCAUCUGUUGUCAGUCACACUGCUGAACCUGCAGCCUCAGGACACUGCACUCUGCUUCUCAACCAAAAAGGAGACUUGAAUUCUGAUCUCUUAGGAUUGCUGCUAAACUCAACCAGGAAACUCAUUUUGCUCAGCCCAGUUGGAUUGACACCUUUACUUUUUCCAACUUUCUAGUGGAUAUUAAAAUUUGACUUAAUUUUUUUUUGCUUUAAAAAGGAUUUUUUUUUUUUGUGUCAUACAUCCAGGCUUACUUUAUCAUCACCAUCACUGGAAAUUCCUCCUGAAGUUUUGUCUUACUCUUGUGCUUUGCAGCUGGAAUGACAGAAGGCAGCGUUUCAGGAGAGAAAUCGUAGGAGUUUUUCUCAGUGUUGCUGCCUUGCUGUUUCUCUUGGAGCUGUGUGCUUCACCUUCAGGUCCAGUCAGUGAGCUGUUAACUAUCAGCAGUAACAGUGGGGUCGGCUCGGUGCCCGGGAGGUCACGGAGGCCGUGGAGCUGGAUGUAUGAGACGGCUUCAUGGGCCUGAAGGACCAUCUGGAGGAUGGGACAGGCCACAUCCUCAGCCUGGAGCUGGAUCUGGACUACCUCCAUGUGGAAGGUACUGAGCGGCAGGGCGGUCUGAGCUCUGCGACGGCUGCUGGGAAUAUAGGCGUCCUGCAGGUCAGAGCUGGUGCCCCGGGUAACAACAGUAACAGUGCUGGGAGUAGCAGCACUAGUUUUAGUACUCAUUCAAGCUAUAGCAGCAGCAGCAGCUGCAGCAACUUCUCCGAGGAGAGCGCUGUGUCCGACAGUGAAGAUGAACGACUCCAGAAUGGGUCUGAAUCUCAAAAUCCUCAUCAAGAUCAGCCUCACCUACACCACCAAGAGUCCUCCUCCGUCUGUCAGCCAGUCAGGCUGGACCUGACUCUAAACCGAUCCCCGAGAGACCCCACACAGCCAGAAACAUCAGCGUCUGCUGACUCCGUUACAGACUGCCGCACCAAGGUGGAGUUUGCCCUCAAGCUGGGCUACCCCGAGGAGCUGGUGCUGCUGGUGCUGAAGAAACUGGGCGCAGGCGCACUUAUCAAUGACGUCCUGGGAGAGCUGGUCAAACUGGGAACCAAGACAGAGAUGGAGCAUCAAGGCGGUCCGACAGUCUCCCAGUCUCCCUCCACCUCUUUGACCUGCUCCACCUCCUCAUCCUCCUCCUCCUUCAACUCCUCUCUGGACUCCUGCCGCCUGCUGUGUCCAUCCCAGCUGCUGGAGGACAAAGAAAACCUUCGUCCUGUUGUGGUGGACGGGAGCAACGUAGCCAUGAGUCAUGGAAAUAAGGAAGUGUUCUCGUGUCAAGGCAUCCAGCUGGCUGUGGACUGGUUCUUGGAGCGAGGUCACCGUGACAUCACUGUUUUUGUUCCCGCCUGGAGAAAGGAGCAGUCGCGACCUGACGCUCUCAUCACAGACCAAGAGAUCCUGCGGCGACUAGAGAAGGAGAAGAUCCUGGUCUUCACACCGUCUCGCCGCGUGCAGGGGCGCCGCGUGGUCUGCUACGAUGACCGCUUCAUCGUCAAACUGGCCUACGAGUCGGACGGCAUCAUUGUUUCCAACGACAACUACCGUGACCUAGCCAAUGAGAAGCCAGAGUGGAAGAAAUUCAUUGAUGAGCGUCUGCUGAUGUACUCCUUUGUAAAUGACAAAUUCAUGCCACCAGAUGACCCACUGGGACGCCAUGGGCCCAGUCUGGAGAACUUUCUGAGGAAGAGGCCUGUUAUUCCUGAACACAGGAAGCAGCCAUGCCCAUAUGGGAAGAAGUGCACAUAUGGUCACAAGUGCAAGUUUUACCACCCUGAAAGGGGCAGCCAGCCCCAGCGUGCCGUGGCUGAUGAGCUCCGUGCCAGUGCCAAAAUUUCAUCAGUAGCUUCCAGAGGCCUGCUGGAAGACGCCCUGAUGAUGAAGAGCCAAAGUUCUGGUCAAGGAACGGCUGAGGCCGAGCCGAGUCGGGGAACUCCAAAGAAACAGCCAAACCCCAGCCCUCGAAGCUCCUUCAGCGACCUCCUGGAGGACCGGCUCCGGGUCCAGUCCAAAGUGGAAGGACGCAGGGGAAGCAACAGCAGCAGCAGCAGCAGCUGCAGCAGCAGCUUUCUGGGGCAUCCUGCUCCGGGGGGGCCCCCUUCAUCGGGAAACCUGGACCCAUGGGAGCACCCCGGGGGAGGUGGUGGGGCCAGUUUCAGGGUUGCUGGAGCCUCGGGACCAAGCCAGGCUGACACUUUCCACAGAUGCGAGUCUCCAGAGCCGGGCUACAGUUCGCUGGUGAAGGCCUACUCCAGCCUCAGUCUGGUGGUCCCACAGAGUCCUGAAUGCUUCUUCCCAGCCGACCUGCGAGCUGGAUCGCUGCCGUCAGACUGUAGCAGUGAAGGCAGCGUCAGCUCCGACUCCUUCUCCCCUGACCCUCUGUUAGACGAUGGGCUCAAGUGCCACCAUCACCACCACCAUCCUCAUCACCAUCACCACUGCUCCGGCCAGUACAACCAUCCUGCGAGCCGUGUCCCCCCUGGACUGGGCCAGUAUGCUCCUCACGGCUAUCCCGUUCCUCAAGCACUGCAGAGACCACAUGGUUUUGGCCUGAAAAGCCCUUCGCCUCCUGUGACCUCUCAUGCCUCUCCACAUCCUUUCAAACCGCCUUCGGCCUACAUCCCUCCCCACCUUCAGCAUCCAUCGCUGAGCGGUUUCCCGGGGGAAUUCCCAGCUCGCCCACAGUGCCCACCCCAACCGCCCCCUGCUCACUCCCACUCUCGGAGCUCUCCCCUGGGCCGCCAUCUGAUGGGUUCCCUUUGGCAGGAAGGUGGCCUCCAGGACUCCCGAGUGUACGAAGGGUCGCCGCUUCAUUCCAGAAGAAACUACGCCGGGCUAAACCAACAACCACAGCAUCAGACAAACUGGGAGCCCCGAUACCAGCAGUCCCCUAAGCCUUGCUACGAUCUGUUCACCUUCCAGAGCCAUCCAGAAGUCCACGAGAAGGAUCGGCACCCUCUCUGGGGCAGGCAGGCCCACUCAUCACCCCGUGGCCUUUCAACAUCAAGUCUUCCUCCGCUCCCGCAGCUUUCCCUUCCGUCCAUCACUCCCCACAAAAGCCACCUGCCCUCACUGCCCCAGCACCAGGAGCCCCCCGCCUUGGGUCGAUACCAGGACCUCAGAGAGAGGAUGUUUGUUAACUUGUGUUGCAUUUUCCCUACAGAUCUGGUGAGGAUGGUGAUGGCCAGACACCCUCACGUGAUGGAUCCUCAGGAGCUCGCAGCUGCAAUUUUAUUGGAGAAAUCGCAGCACGGGUCUUGAAUGUAGCCGGAGGGUGAAGUUACAGCUUCAUCUUAACCGGGCUCACCUCUGCAGAUGUAUCUCCUGCGAUUAUCUUCAUGAUUGACGUCAGGUUAUGAACACACACAAACCAAAACCACAAGAUAUACGGCUCCUCGAGCUGUUAAUGGACUGCUAAUUUUCACUGCAGGGAAGUUGUCUCAUUACUUUUAAUGGUAUUUUUUGUAAAGGGAAAUCCUAAAAAUUGCCAUAUUUUUCCAUGAAUAUACCUGCUAUUUCAGCACUUAAGAUCAGGAAAGGUUGGGGUUUAAUGUGCAUGUCUAAACUUUUUUUGUCAAGACACUGGUGUGUUUAGGGAGACUUUUAAUGUGUGUAAAGGGUGACAGUGUUGUUCAUUUGAAAUUAAUUUAUUUGUUACAUUUUAAGUUAUUUAAAAUUAUUCUGUUUUUGGCACUUUUUGUUGUUCCUGUCUUUUUUAUUUUUUUAUUUUAUUUUAUUUUUUCUGGGAGGGGCAAUCAUAUCAGGGUAUAAGUACUGCUCAAAUCCGUAGGUUCCAGCUGAGUGAAAUUGUCACUGAGAUGACAACAUGGAGUUAUGUAAAAAAUAACAAAACAAACAAAAGAGUCAAUUGUAAAAUUUCACUGCCACAUUGCAAAAAAAAAAAAAAAAAAAAAAACCCCAUUCCUACUGCAUUUAAUGUUCAAAUUAUCUCAACGGACGGAUCGAGGGUUUCUCUAACAGGUGGCAGAUCAGAUGCUGUGGUGACAUUUUGUGGAUUUCCCCCCAAGGGGAAGUGAAACUCUGCGGCACCCGCGAGAGAAGAUCGCAAAAACUCCACCCGAAAACCCCGAGCGGCUGUUUACUUAUGAAUGACAGUUUAUUUCCUUUGCUAGGUUCUGUCAGCUGACUUCACAGUUCAUCAGCUUUCAGUACUGAUUUUUUUCAUAACCCACCCCCUGUUCUUUUCCCUCUUUUAACCGCAUGAAAUUUCUAAGUCAUAUGAAGGUGACUGCUGUUGAGAGCAUCGCCGGAAAUGUUUAGGUGGAAGUGUUGGUUUUAUUUUUAAUUUUAAUGUGAAAUGUAUGUUAAUUUAUUAUUUCUUUUUUAAUGUGUGUGUGUAUGUGUGUGUGUGUUGCGCGAGACACAGGGUCUCCUUUGACAGAGGGUUCGGCUGCCUCACACGGGGGGGGGGGGGUAACUUUAAUGUACCCUUCUGUUAAAUACACAGAGAUCCACAAGCUUUGCAGUAUGAGACAGGAACAGUCUGGCAAGAGUUGGGAAACACCUUCUUAUCUUCUGUUACCAAUAUCAUGACAGGGAUCACCAAUAGAUAUUUUAGUAGUUUUUAGUUCUACAAACUUUUCUUAAAGGCACUAAUAAUCUCAUUGGUUAAAUUAAAACUCAGCGGUUUGGUGAAGAAACAUCAGAUUUAAAGAGGAGAUACUGAUAACUUAUUAAUGUUCUGUUCUACAACUAAAGGUUAUUUUCAUUAUCAGUUUAUUGAUCAAUUCAUCAUAAAAUCUAUACAAUGUCAAAUCAUAGUAAAAAUACUAAAUUAAAAUAAUCAAAUAGCUUGUUUUAUCCAACAAAAAUGAAUUAUUAUAAUUAAUUUUGUAGUAUCAGUAUAUAUAUUUUCUCUCUUUUUGUUUGCCUUCUCUUUCAAAGUAUUUUAACUUGUCUUCUCUCAAUGUAAAGCACUUUGAGCUGCGUUUUCUGUAUGAAAUAAUAAUAAUAAUAAUAAUAAUAAUAAUGUUAUUUUCUACUAUUAUUAUCUCCACCAAUGGGAUUGUUGUAAAUGCUCGAGGAACUGUUUGUAAAGCCAAAACUCUUGCCUGGUCGGCACAAUAUCUAGUAGCCAGAUGUCGCCUCUCUUUGUUGAUACAAAUUGUAUCCUAUAAACUUUUUUAAGAUCAUUGUUUUAUAUGAGAAUAUUUAAACAAAAAAAAAUAUUUCGAGUUGAAUAUUUUGAGUAUUUGUGGCAGACUUUGUCACCUUUGGUACUUAGCCUUUAUUUAUAUGAGGGGGGCUUUUUAUUCCCUUUUUAUUUCCAAGUGCAGGGAAGAGAAUGUCUCGAUGCACUUUUUGGAAACAGUUGUUUAUAUAUAUCAAAGCAUGGUACUGUGUAGCUCAGAUAUUAUGAGACCUCGAACACCGGUUUGGGUUUGGUGGAUGAGUCGAUUCAAAGCACGGUGAAAAACACGCGCAGUAUGAUGCAGAAAUUUACCAGGUUUAAAAAGGUGCUAUAUAUUAAAAGGUGUGUUUAUGAGACAUAUUGAAGCUUCUUCGCGCCAUACUGCACCUAAGAACAGUAUUUCCUCAGAGCACUGUCAGAGCCGAGAUACACUGUGAGCAUUAGUGCAGUAAAAAGAGACAGCUUUAUAAUAAGUUUGCCUCAAAGCUUUUCAAAUUUGCACCUCAGGCUCCAAAUGUUUAAUGACACCCUCGCCAGGAAUCUAAACACCGUAACCUCUCUCUCUCUCUCUCUCUCUCUCUCUCUCUCUCUCUCUCUCUCUCUCUCUCUCUCUCUCUCUCUCUCUCUCUCUCUCUCUCUCUCUCUCUCUCUCUCUCUCUCUCUCACAUGGAAAACUUUUCUCUAAUCGGGCCGUGCUGUGAUCUGAAAGGUGUUAAUCUCAGGAACAAGAGCUCAGCCAUCACGCAGUUAAACAGUCAGUUGAAUUAUUGUCCUGACACUGAUGUGACUCAGUCAUCACUGAGCUGCUCUCAACCUGCUGGUCUGGCACCGUGUGCUAGUGUUUGCCACAGGGUUGAAAGGUGUUGUGUUAACAUUCUUGUGGAUAUUAAAAUAAACAUAUUUAGUGUGCGAGGGCAAAAACUAUUUUUCUACUGAACUUGUUAAAGAGCUAUUUUUCAAAUUGUAUGUGAUGUUUUAUCUGCAAGAAGAAAGUGUAGUCAGUGUCAGUGUUGCUGAAUAAGGGGAUGUACACGUUGCUAAAUCUGUUACUAAUCUAAGUGUCACUGGACACAUUCAGUUCACAGCGAACAUGAACGCCUUGCUUUUUUUCUUUUUUUUCAUGCAAACAUGAGUCAUGGUCUGUGUUUUUAUACACCACAAACAGCUAGCGUACAGGUUAGCUGUUUGUUUUGUUAGCAAUGUACACACCAAAUGUGUGUGUGCUGUGUAAGUGGACCGACCUCAGGUCUGCAUUCCAGUUCUCUUUGUAAUUCCUCUGCAGUUUGUUGCCUGCUCUCCGUGCAUGUGUGUGUUUUCAGGAAGUGGAGCGCUGUCUGAAAUAUUUGAAGUGUUUGCCUUUAACUUUAACUUUAACGCCUUAGCAGCGAAGAUCCACUGGCACGUGUGGCAGGAAGCUUCCUCGUUAGCGAGGGGACUGUGUGCAGGCACAGGUGUUACUCGUGAUGUUAAUGAUGCCCUGACACUGAAAAGCAGCUUCAUGGAAUUCAAGUUUAAUUAUUUUUUUUACCCCUGUAGUUUUUUUUUGACGUGUCAAUUUGGCGUCAGUGAAAAAGGCGUCACGAGUUCACAAGUUCAGCAAAGCUGCACUUCAGCUUUGUUUGUACCUUUUCCUCAAGGUCGUCUAAAACCGCAGUAAAAACCUAGUAAAAGUCGAGGCUUUCCCACCACUACAUCACCUUCUAAUUAUUUAGUUAUUUAUUUAUUUAUUUAUUUUUUGGCAGAGUAUCACAGAGCUUUUGGACAAAUUAAGUAAAAACAUAUCAUCUUUCGGUAAAGGUCAAUCCUGUGCUGCCAGCUCUCCCACAAUGUCCCAUAGAAACUGAAUUGGGGGGGGGGGGCUUAAAUCCAGCUGUUUUAUCAAAAGGUCCCUGUUUGUCGCAGUUCGUCCCCACCUUUAUUUCUAAUGUGCUUUAAUACAGCUUCGUUUCUGCUACAGAAACGAUCGAAGUGCUGCCUCUUCAGGGACCAAAGCCACGUAAAAGGCUGUUUAUUGCUUUCCAAUGUUUCCCCUUGCUCAGGUCGAUGGCGGUUAUAUUAAACCAAAUAAAAAAUUUUAAAAAAAAGUAAAAAAUUAAAAAAAAGAAUUAUCAAAUAAAAAUAUUUUACCACUGCUGCUGUUUCAAUGUGCAGACGAAGAGUUUGAUUCCAAACGAUGGUCCAAGGGCAGGGUGCCGAAAACCCAAAGCUGUCAUAUAAGCACCUGAGGCUGAUUCAUAAGGUGUAUUAAUUAAAGCCAAGUCAAAUUGUGUUGUGUAUCUAUUUUAAUUUUUAGCAUAAUGUGCAAUGCUAACAAAAGGUGUUGCUUUAAGGUGAUAUGUGAAUUUGAAAGUUUUCUAUGUGCAGCCAAAAUAAAUGAUGCAUUUUUAGAAAAAGAAAAAUUUACUUCUAAUGAAAUCGGUUGAAACAUCUUUCCCUAAAACGAAUUUUAAUUGUGUCUUUGUUUGUCAUUUUUCCUGUUAUCGUGUGAACGUGUCAUUUUCAGAGUGGGUCUCUUUACGCUGCAGGGUCGGGGGAACUCAAUGAAACCUAAAACACACCUGUCAUACCUACAGAACCUGGGAAACUGUGCUGUUGUGAACUGACUGUUCUUGUGUGUGAUGUUAAAGUGAGCAAUAAAAGCCCUUCUCAAGCUUU